AUGCUCCUCUCUGCGGUCUAUCUUCUCUCAUUCAUCCUUCCUGCCCUCGCAGCACCCAUGAAGAUGUCCUCCGAACUGGACAAGCGCCAAGAUGGCAAGCCUGACUGGCUCCAGCAGGCCGAGGCUGCACACUGGGACUGUGUCGGUACAGGCAAGCGGGUUGACACCAUCGGCCAGAUGAACACAUGCCUGCAGGGUCUCGUCAGCGAUGCCGUCGACAAUGCCAAAGCGGCCUACCCGGGAAACAACGUCUUCGCUAUUCGUACCGACAAGGGCAUGACAUGGGAAGUCGACCGGCUUACUACGAGAGCCUCGUUCCAGUCGAAGCAAUGGAACAGCGAAGAGCCUGUAGACUACCACGUCAUCGUCUUCAAGGGUGCUGGAACUCUCAAUCUCAAUGGCGUCAAUUUCUACCAUGAGCGGAACUGGUCCGCUCCAUACGCAGAGAGGGACGGCAAGGUGGUCUUCGAUGACAGGGGCGAUUAG